CAAGUUUUUGUGCAAGAACAGCCGUUCUUACGCAAGAAGCCUGCAGUGUAGACGCAGCCAAAGGGUAUUACCUACAAUAUGUUGUCAGCAGCCAAGGAAGGUCUGUUCUUCAGAGAGAUGAUUAGUCUUGCUGUUUAUUUUCUAUAUCUAUAAAUGUUUUCCAUUGCCUCUUGUGAAGAGUGGACUUUGAGGUAAAAAAAAUGCCUACUUAAUUUUUUGGUGUGAUUAUAUUAAAAUAUUUUGUCAAAUGGAGGGCCAAAAAAUCCCUCAGGUUUAUGUAGGUAUAGGAACAAGUUGUUUAAAACCAAAAUUUGAAUCUUGUUUUCAGCUUCAAUUUUAUGUACUGCUGGGAAGACACCACUAAAUUUAAGUUGCUCUUUUCUUGAUUAAAAGACUCAUUUUUGGGGAAGUGAGGAUAAGAGGAAGGUGUUCAAGGAAAACAAUUAAAGUUGGGAGGGAAAAGUUGGAAAAACAAACUCCACAAAGAUGUGGAGGACUUCAUAAAUGUUUUCUGUUGGGGACCGAAAACAAGUGGAAAUUAAACAUGAGAUGACUUGUGGUGCUGACCUUUCAGUUCCUAUCCCAAAAUGUAGUUUUGUUAUGCUUAAAGGUGGGUAUUCAAGCUAAAAGUAUUCAUAGGUAGACAGAAGUGUGGGACCAAAGGCAAGCACUUUAAAAGGAAACUGAAAACCCUAUCUCCUUUGUGAACGUGUCUUUAUUCUUCCUGUCUACAGGAAUCCUGACACCUGUAUCCUAAUCACUUUCUGAUCAGUGUAUACUGAGUUAGAAAAUGGUUUCGAAGUAUUUUUUUUUAAAGUUGGUGGGACCAUAGUUUUGUAAAUGGAUGAGAAGAGGAGUUCAGAUCUUAGUCUAAAAUCUAUAUACGUGACCAUAUCUUUCAUACGCUUAAUCCUCAUCCACCCCCAAAACAAGUGAAAGAGUGCAGUGUGCAGGAAUCUUUAAAUGAGAAUUCAGAGGUCUAAAUGGGUAUUUUGGAAGGCUUUAAGGCACUGGUGAUUAAUAGGCUUCUAGAAUGACUAAUGACAGUUCCAUUUUAACUUCUCUGCUGACUUUAUUUUUUUUAAAUUGAACAGAUAGCCAUCUCACAUGCUUAGUUGAAUGGCUAAAGAUCUUACUUUUAAAAAACACUGUUUAGAUUUACCAGAGUAUUGUAGGAGUAAUUUAACAUAAAACAUAGUAACAGGAGCUUUAAAAAAGUCAAGCUUUUUAUUUAGAUUUAUACCAGUUAGAGCCAUAUCUCAUGGGUCAGAAAUUUCACACUACAAUAGUGUGGGCAAAGGCAAGGGUUCUGAAUUAACAAUCAGAAUGCAAAUUGAUGCAGCCUUGUUGUUGGCUAUAUAAUGAGCAGUAAUUCCGAAGGCCACCAGAGGGACCAUUAUUUUCUUGGCUCGUCUUUAUGUAUCAUUGUGGAGGGAUUUUUCUCUCCAAUUUUCUUACAACUUACUGUAUCAAGAUAAAUGAAUGUAAAGGGGGGAAAAUUGACUCUUUUAAACUAAGGUCUCAAUUUUUACACAAUCCUAAUGAUUACGGAUGUUUGAACUUCUAAUACCUUAAAGGGAUCUGAUUUUUUUUCAGAGGUAGGUGUUCGUGCUUUCUAAAAUUCAAGUCCCUUUAAGGUGUCUUGAGUACCCACAAUCAUUAAGAUCUUGUGAAAACAUAGGCCUUUGGGUUUUUUCAACCUGAUUUGGACAGUGAAACAGAAUUGGCCAGUUCUUAAUGUGGCUUUUUUUCUAGCGCUGGUACAUGAGACAGCUUGACAGUUGUGGAAACAUAAGUUAUUGCUGUAUCUCUAGAACAGGUGCAACAUGGGCAAGCAGUCCCACUUUGCUCUAACUGGAUGCUUUAAGCUUCCCUUUGUAGAAAAGAGACAUUCAGUGUGUGGCAGGGUCAGUCUAGAAUCUUUGAGUUACUAGAAAGGUGGCUAUUGAAUUUUAUUGUGAUGGGUCUAAGUCCAGUUAUCUAUUUCACAAAACCAAUAAUUAUCCACCAAACAAGUCACCAAACAGCCAUCAGGUGGUAACAGAUUUUGAUUGCUACUGUUCCAGGCUUGACUUGGAACUGAUAACCUUUACAGAAAGAGCUUCCUAUUGCAUUACCAAGUCUGUUAAUUGUACUUAAUCCCUUUCUACUGUAGAAAAGCCCCUGAGCCUCCACUAAUAGUAAAAAAAAAAAAAAAUGAGGCAUACUCAGAGUAUUUCCCAUGUCCCUCUUGUGGUCACCGCUGGGGUGAAGCCAGGGAACAUGAGACCACAUCAUAACAGCACAAAGGGCAUUGGAGCGCGUAGCAGGAUGCGAAUCCCUGAGAGAGAGCAUUCCACAGCAGUGCUGAAAAGUAUGCAGCGACCUCCAUUCCAUCUACAUCAGGAAGAACAAGAUGCCUUCUUCAACCUACUGGAGGAUGACUUGGUACAAGAGUUCUUGUCUAUGGACAUAUGCUACAAGAUUUCAGAUAAGUAUCUUCUAGCCAUGACUCUGACUUACUUCAAACGUGCUGGCUUGCAUAUUAGUGAAUACACACGGAUGAACCUUUUCACUGCUCUGUACUUGGCUAAUGAUAUGGAAGAAGAUGAAGAGGAUUACAAGUAUGAGAUCUUUCCCUGGGCUCUUGGUGACAACUGGAGGCAGCUGUUCCCACAGUUCUUGAAAAUGAGGGAUAGUUUCUGGGCUAAAAUGAAUUAUCGAGCAGUGGUCAGCCGGCGUUGUUGUGAUGAGAUAAUGUCAAAGGAACCAUCCCAUUGGGCUUGGUCACGUGAACGACUCCUUCAUCACAGUGGAGCACUGAGGAGUUACCUGAAGAAUGAAAAGGACUCAUUUCCAAGAGGACCUGGUGUUACACCCCCAAGCUGCCCCCUGUGCACUUGUGAGCUGACCGAAGAUGAAGCCAACCCAGAAAGUGCUCCAAGUGCUUGUACUUCAGAUGGCGAACUAUUACCAUUCACUAACAAGUGGUCCCAGGACUUAAUUAUCUUCCCUCAGAAAAUAAUGCUGGAUCCAGUGGCAACAUAUAGCCUGCAAAUCCUGCAGAAUCCAGGUGUCACUGUAGAGCCUGAUGGAACCAUGGAUUGGCGAUCUGUGGGGUGACUCUGCUCUGAUCAAGAUGUUUCCUCCAAGAAACUGCAAGUGGCACUGAACUUGUUCUCAUUCUGCUGUUCACAGAACUACUUUUCACCAUGCACUUUAUGGAUAUAUUCUUGUUCUGAACAGGAAGACAGAGCAGUAAUUUAUUUAAAAAAAAAAAACCUUGCUGAUGCAGCUAUUCAAAUGUGCCUUAUAUAAUAUACAAAUCCAAUGUAAUAGCUGGACAGGCUCUUAAUAAAAAUGUCCAGGAAAAAA